AGGAGGAGGGCAGGGAUUAAGAUGGAGGGCGGGCGCUCGUAGCGUCAAAUAAAGGCGGCGCAAUGAGGCAACUGCUGUACCAGAGACUUUGCAGAUCGGUCGGCUGCAGCUUGAGGCAAAUUCACCGCAUUACACCCGCCGCCAUGCCCAUCAAGAUUGGGGAUAAGCUGCCCGCUGUCAACGUCCACGAGGGAGACCCUCACAACGUUGUCAACACUGCCGACCUCUUCAAAGGGAAAAAGGGUGUUCUGUUCGGAGUUCCCGGAGCGUUCACUCCAGCAUGUGCCAAGUCUCACCUGCCCAGCUACAUCGAAAAGUAUGAGGAGCUGAAGAAGAAGGGGAUCGAGAUCAUCGCCUGCAUCUCCGUCAACGAUGCUUUUGUCAUGAGUGCCUGGGGAAAGGACCAGAAAGCUGACGGGAAGGUGCGGAUGCUGGCUGAUCCUACCGGAGAGUUCACACGGGCCGUGGGCCUCGAGCUUGACAAGGAGCAGCUGAUCGCGGCACUGGGGAACAAGAGGUGCCAGAGGUUUGUAAUGGUGCUGGAUGACGGUGUGGUGAAGCAACUGCAAGUCGAACAGGAUGGUACUGGGCUGAACUGCAGCCUGGCCUCUCACGCCCUGAAGCUCAUCUGAGACCACGUCUUGCAACAGUACAGCUCACAGCUGCUGCCGCUACCUCUCGGGCAGUUUAAUAUGAUUUUAAUAAAAGUAUUUUAACUGGAUAA